AUGAUCUCCGCUUUCUCCCCGCUCUUGGCUCGGCCUAACUUGGCUCGGCCUAACUUGGCUCGGCCUAACCUGCCUCUGAGGAAGCCUUUGUCCAGUCCCACGGCUCCAUGUGGGGCUGGACCGACCUCACCUGAGACUGUCAGCAACUCUGGAGGCACUGCUGUGACUCCACCUACCAACAGAGGAAACACAAUCAUGUCUUCCUUGAAACCAACUCCGGUUGUGAAUUUCUGCAGAGUCUGCGGCCAACGAGCACCAUUUCGUUGUAAAGGUUGUGAGAAGACGUUCUACUGCUCAGUGGUGUGUCAGAAAGAGGACAGGAGCGCUCACAGACCCAUGUGUAAAAAGGAGGAAGCAGAACCAGCUCGUGAUGCGCUCCUGGAGUAUAGUCUAGAUCAUUCAGACACAACCAGCAUCCAGAGAGUAUACAUGAGAGACUUACCCACAAGAGCGAUCAAAGGAACAGAAAUGGAGGCGUCAGUCGUGGAGGUUUAUAGUCCUGGACGUUUCUUUGUCAUUCCCCAAAACAAAGAGAACCUUGAGGGUUUGAAGUCCAUCACCAAAGAGCUCCAGAUAAACUUCAGCAUCCCCACGGCGCUGCUACACACCCCCCACGUGGACGAGGUGUGCGCCGUGCAGUACUCCUGCGACAAGAACUGGUACCGUGGUCUGAUCCAAAGUGUGGCUGUGGACAAAAACACAGCUCAUGUCCUUUAUAUAGACUUUGGCAACGAGGAGGAAGCCCCCUUUGUGAGAAUAAAACCUUUGACAGCCGAACUACAGCAGUUCAGCCCCUGUGCGAUUGAGUGCUGUAUGGCUCUAGUCCCCGCUGCUGAGUCUUGGUCGGAUCAGUGUUGUAUAUCGUUACGGCAGCUGGUGGAAGGAAAGGUAUUCACCAUAAAAGUGACAAAUGCUUUGAGCGGUCGAAUGCUCGAGGUCGAGGUGGUGCUCUCCAAUGGAACUCCUCUGAGCUCCUUUCUUCUGGAGCGUGACUAUGCAACGAAGAGAACCAUCAACACGGCACCGACUGAAGAGGACAUAGCUGCGAUGGAGAGUGCAUCUCUGGAUAACUAUAAACGACUCUCCUCCGGCAAAGACGCCAACCUGUGGGCCCGGGUCCCGGAGCCGCUCACCGUGGCUCUGGGCCAGUCCUUCUUGGUCGUGGUCUCGCACUUUCAAACGCCUGAAAAGAUUGUGGUACAAAAAGUGGACAAUGCGAGAGUGGUCCAGGAUCUGCAGUUUAAGCUCAAAGAUCACUGCAACAAACUGCCAGAGUCCAGUCAUUUCAGACCUGCUCCUGGGACUGUGUGCUGCGCCAUGUUCUCUGAGGACAAGCAGUGGUACCGGGCUAAGAUUCUGGCCUAUCCUUCAGAAGAUCGAGUGUGUGUCGGUUACUUGGAUUUUGGAAACUCUGAAGAUGUAGAAUUGAGCAGUUUGCGUCCCAUCUCCCAGUCUCUCCUGGACACACCGAUGCAGGCCAUGACGUGUGGUCUUGUUGUGCAGCCGACGGGAGAGAGUUGGUCCAAAGAUUGCCUGGAGGCCCUGCAGAAAAGGAUUGGCAAUCGUAUUCUGCGUGUUGUGAUCCUUGGGGCUCAUGAAGGGAAGGCGUUGGUGUCGAUAGUUGAUGAGGUGAGCGACCCACAGGCCAACAUGGCGGAGCUGCUGAUCUCUGCUGGGUACGCUGUAGCUGCUUCUGUCGCUAACGGAAACCAUCCAUCAACGGAGACGCCACUUCCUGCUCCUGAUGUGCCAGAGCCAGUCCCAGCCCUCUCCCCAGUCCCAGCCCUCUCCCCAGUCCCAGCCCUGGCCCCAGUCCCAGCCCUGGCCCCAGUCCCAGCCCUGGCCCCAGUCCCAGCCCUCUCCCCAGUCCCAGCCCUCUCCCCAGUCCCAGCCCUGGCCCCAGUCCCAGCCCUGGCCCCAGUCCCAGCCCUGGCCCCAGUCCCAGCCCUCUCCCCAGUCCCAGCCCUGGCCCCAGUCCCAGCCCUCUCCCCAGUCCCAGCCCUCUCCCCAGUCCCAGCCCUGGCCCCAGUCCCAGCCCUCUCCCCAGUCCCAGCCCUCUCCCCAGUCCCAGUCCCAGCCCUCUCCCCAGUCCCAGCCCUCUCCCCAGUCCCAGCCCUGGCCCCAGUCCCAGCCCUCUCCCCAGUCCCAGCCCUCUCCCCAGUCCCAGCCCUGGCCCCAGUCCCAGCCCUCUCCCCAGUCCCAGUCCCAGCCCUCUCCCCAGUCCCAGCCCUCUCCCCAGUCCCAGCCCUGGCCCCAGUCCCUACACCUCCUAGGUCUGUUCCAAACGGAGAAACAGCUGUGUCGAGUCCAGAGCCCUGUGCAGCGCUGGAAACUGAGGCCCCGCCCCCGGAGCCAGUGUCUCUGGGCAGAAACACAGGAGCAGAGAAGGAGUGGGUGGCCCCCAGCUGCUGCUGCAGUCAUCUUAAAAACCAGAUGGAGCGACUGGAGGUGAUGGUGGAGCACAUACUUGAGCUUCUGCAGAUGCCUCACAUGAACAUGGCUCUGGGCUAG